AACUCCCACUCAAACCAGUCCAGAUGUUCAUCAAGAGUUUCCUGCUGCUUUUAGCAUUUAACUAUCUCUCUGCAGAGCCAGAGCCUUCGCAACGCAUUGUCGGUGGAGGACCAAUCGAUAUCGAAGAGGCUCCAUGGCAGGUUUCCUUACAACUAAAUGGAAAACAUAGUUGCGGUGGCUCCAUUUACAGCAAGGAUAUUAUAAUCACGGCCGCCCAUUGCCGAUUCGUUAUUUCAACAGGACAACAAAUUGAGGCCGAAGACUUUACAAUUCGCGUAGGAUCAACAAUCACAUUCUCUGAAGGAACCAUUGUGAAAGUGGCAGCCAUUAAAUCACACGAAUCUUUUAAAUUGGGUCCGAAUAGUAACGACAUUGCUGUCAUGCGACUAGCUGAACCCCUUGAGUUCUCCAAGGACGUGCAGCCGAUUCCUUUGGCAAAAUAUAAUCCUAUGCCUGGAUCAUUUGCGUGGACUACUGGUUGGGGAGCAACUUUAAUACAUCCUCACGGCCCUGUAUAUCUUCAAGGCGUAUGUGUCCGUAUUCAAAGACCGGAAAUGUGUAGAUAUGAUAUGGUACAUGAUAUGACGGAGGAUCUUAUUUGCGCCGGAGAAGAUGGAGGCGGGGCGUGCGGAGGUGACUCAGGUGGACCUUUGGUGGUUGACCGUAAACUUGUUGGUGUCGUCUCAGGAGGUCCUUCAGAUUGCUUAUCUUCUACUAGGUACAUCAGUGUACCUUAUAUGCAUAACUGGAUUUUAAAUGCCGUUAAAUCUAUUUGAUUAAACUUUCCAACACAUCCUUGGCAUUUAUCCGUUGAGUGUUGUUAUUUUUGAAAAAGCAAACCAAAAAACAAAAACAAAAUAUUUAUCAGCACUAUUGUCAAAAUUCAAAUAAAUUUAAAGAGUGAAAU